UGCGUCACUGGUGCGCGCAGCGGGAAACCGGACCAGCCGCAUGGCUGCGGGUGGUUUGGGGGUUCCGCGGCCGAAGGCGGCCUCCGAGGGGCUGGUGGGGGGACCGUCGGGCGCCCUUCCUUGCCUGAAGCUGCCGACCUACGCUGCCGCUUGUGCACUGGUGAAUAGCCCCUACUCCUGCCUGGUGGUGGGGCCGCAUCGGAGGCACAUCGCACUGUCCCCGCGCUACCUUAACAGGAAACGCACCGGUAUCCGAGAACAGCUCGAUGCGGAGCUCCUGCGCUAUUCCGAAAGCCUAUUAGGUGUCCCUGUUGCAUAUGAUAACAUCAAAGUAGUGGGUGAACUGGGAGAUAUUUAUGAUGACCAAGGAUACAUUCAUCUUAACAUUGAAGCAGAUUUUGUUAUUUUCUGCCCUGAACCAGGGCAAAAGCUUAUGGGUACAGUUAAUAAAGUGUCUUCUAGCCACAUUGGCUGUUUAGUACAUGGGUGUUUCAAUGCCUCCAUCCCUAAACCUGAACAGAUGCCAGCUGAGCAGUGGCAGACCCUGGAGAUAAACGUGGGCGAUGAACUAGAGUUUGAAGUAUUUCGUUUAGAUUCAGAUUCUGCUGGAGUAUUCUGCAUUCGAGGAAAAGUAAAUAUCACUAGUUUACAAACCAAGUGCUCUGCAGUUUCUGAAGAGGUAACAGAAAUUGGCACUGAAGAAGAUGUUGAAAAACCUCCAAAGAAGAAAAAGAAAAAGAAGAAAGACCCAGAGCCAUAUGAAGUGGAAAGCGGUACCACAGAGCUAACAGAUUUUGCAGAUGUCACCAUGAAGGAAGAGACAGACCUGCAGGUUAAUAAUGAUAUGAAUGGCCUGUGGGAGGAAGAGCCAAAGAAGAAGAAGAAGAAGAAGCAGCAGCAGCAGGAAGAUCAGGGCCAGGACCCUGUUUUCCAAGGCAGUGACUCCAGUGGUUACCAAAGUGACCAUAAAAAGAAGAAAAAGAAAAGAAAGCACAGUGAGGAGGCUGAAUUUACCCCACUUUUGGAACAGUCACCUAAAAAGAAAAGGAAAAAGUAAUUUUCCUUAGUGUAGUGUAAAUAUGAUGUAGUUUUUAAAAGAUUGGUUUAUUCACAGUAAACGAAUAAAUGUUCGAAUGAUACAAAGUGCUUGUGUAUUCUAGUAGUUUUCAAAACAAGAAACACUUGUUUAGGAGUUGAGUUUUUGGUACUAAAAUUACAGAACUGAUCAUUAAUUUAGGAAAUGCCAGUAUUAUUAAAGUGCCAUUUUAUUGUAUGCAGAAUGAAAAGAUAAGAGCUGCUCUGACUUCCAAAUCUUGGAUUCUUCCAGUUUUUACAUUCUAAAUAAAAUUAUUUCUAUCAUCUCAAGACUAGCAAAAGGA